GUAGCAUGUGAAAUGAAUUCUCACUAGCUAGUAACAUGAUUCACUUCUUAUGGCGCACAAGACGCGCGAUACCACUGAAAAAUAAUUUAAUAUUUAACGAAUUCAAUCGAAUUAAUUGCUCACUCAAACUAUAGUAUAUAAUUAUAAGUAUCCUAUCUCUGCACUAUAUUGCUCAUCAUCAUGGCAAAGAUGGUUUUGUUGUUGUUAUCUAUCACCCUUUCCCUCUCUAUCCUCCCUUUACUUGCUUCCGCAACCUUCCAUGUCAAAGGUUCCGUUUACUGUGAUACCUGCCGCGCUGGAUUCGAAACCAACGCUACCUUCUACAUUCAAGGUGCAAGAGUGGGAGUUCGGUGCCAAGACAGGAAUAGUAUGGAUGUAGUUUUCUACACAGAAGGAGUGACAGAUUCCACAGGAACAUACAACAUUAUUGUUGAGAAAGACCACCAUGACCAUAUUUGUCGAUGUUUGCUUGUUAGUAGUCCAAUUGCAUGGUGCAAAACUCCAGACCCUGGUCGUGACAGAUCCAGCAUUGUCCUCACUCACUAUAAAAACGGUGUUGUCAACCAUCUUCACUAUGCAAAUGCUAUGGGUUACUUGAAGGAUAAGCCAUCGCCUCAAUGCCACAAACUCCUCAAAUAUUACUUGUCUGAUUCGGAUGUUUGAUCAAUAACAAUGAUUUGUUCUGUUUUAUAUUAUUCAGUUAUUACUAGCUCGGAUCUGUUUCUUUGACUAGUAUUUAAGUAUUUGUUGUUGACAUUGGAGGAACUGUGCUAAUUAAGUUUUAGUAGCUAGUUACAUUUAAGUUUUGUUUGUCUAAGUAAUUAGACCACCUGAUUGUGCUAUAUAUUCAAUCCAAUGAUGGAUUGUUGUUCAAGUUUUACAAUUCUAAUGUGGCUAUAAUUAAUUACAAUUAUGUUA